UUUGGGCAUCGUCCUGGUCAGACCACCACCACCACCCCACUCCACUCCGCCACCAUGGCUCUCCUCCGGCGGCCACCGCUCGCCCCCAGUCCCGCCGCCGCCGCAUCCCUCCCCCACCACCGCCUCCACCUCGCCACCCCACACACACACCUCACCAGACCCCCUCCCUCCUGUCCCCGCCUCCGCAUCAGCGCGGCCCCCUCGCUCCGCCCCCUCCGCGGCAUUCCAUCGACCCGGUGCCAUGCGGCGGCGGGAGAUCCGGCGCCGGCGCCCUCUCAGGCACCCGGCGGCGCGCGGGCCGCGCUGGUGCGCGUCGGGGAGGCGCUGUCGCUCGGGUUCCCGCUGUGGGUCGCGUCGGCCUGCGCGCUCGCGCUCUGGCGGCCGGCGAGCUUCCUCUGGGUCACCCCCACCGCCCAGAUGGUCGGCCUGUCCUUCACCAUGCUUGGAAUGGGGAUGACAUUGACGCUUGAUGAUCUGAGAACCGCGCUGUUGAUGCCCAAGGAGUUGGCUGCCGGGUUUCUACUUCAAUACACUGUGAUGCCCCUGUCAGGAUAUCUCAUCAGCAAGCUAUUGAACCUGCCAUCCCAUUAUGCUGCUGGACUCAUUUUGGUUUCCUGUUGCCCUGGAGGCACUGCAAGCAACAUUGUUACCUACUUAGCAAGGGCAAAUGUUGCUCUUUCGGUGCUGAUGACAGCAGCAAGCACUUUUGCUGCAGCGUUCAUGACUCCUCUUUUGACAUCCAAACUGGCCGGGCAAUACGUCGCAGUAGACCCUAUGGGACUGUUCGUGUCGACAUCUCAGGUUGUCCUAGCGCCUGUUCUUUUGGGUGCUCUACUUAAUCAGUACAUGGGCCGUUUGGUUGAGUCGGUUUCUCCCGUGAUGCCGUUCAUUGCUGUGGCAACAGUAGCCGUUCUAUGCGGCAACGCGAUUGCACAGAAUGCUUCAGCCAUCCUAGCAUCUGGCCUACAAGUGGUACUGUCUGUCAUCUUCUUGCAUGGAUCCGGCUUCUUCUUUGGCUAUGUUCUUUCAAGGAUGCUCGGCAUCGAUAUCGCUUCAUCACGAACAAUCUCGAUCGAGGUUGGCAUGCAGAACUCGGUGCUGGGUGUGGUUCUCGCGGGCAAGCACUUCGGCAGCCCUCUCACGGCGGUUCCGUGCGCGGUUUCGAGCAUCUGCCACUCGGUGUAUGGUAGCAUCUUGGCCGGGGUCUGGAGGUCCAUGCCCCCAAAUGACAAGCAGGGAGCAUGAUGGAUCAGACAGAUAGAUACUUUAGUAGUUGCGGAACUCGAGUUAUGAGUUAUUCGGAGCUAUCUGUGCUUGUGAGAGAAAUAUUUGACCAUGAAAGCCAAGUCAGCAACGUGCCUGCCCCUUAUUCA